AGUUGCUUUUCUCUACUUUUUGCUCGCGUUGGCCCUCGUGAAAAGUUUUCGAUCUUUGAAAAUAUUUGGGGAAUCGUGGAACGUAAUUAAUUAUUUUAAUUUCGAUUAUUCAUGUAUUAAUUUCAAUCGCCCAUCUAAGAAAAUAGUUCAGUCAUCAUGGCUCCUAAAAAAGAUGCCAAAGGUUCAUCAUCCAAACAGCCGCAAAAAACUCAAAAGAAGAAAGAAGGAGGUUCCGGUGGAAAAGCUAAGAAGAAGAAAUGGUCGAAAGGAAAAGUUCGUGACAAGCUCAACAAUCAAGUGUUAUUAGACAAAGCUUCAUAUGACAAACUAUUGAAAGAAGUGCCCGCCUACAAAUUGAUAACUCCUUCGGUGGUAAGCGAAAGAUUGAAAGUCCGUGGAUCCUUAGCGCGUCGAGCUUUGAAUGAAUUAUUAGAAAAAGGUUUAAUCAGACAAGUUGUGAAACAUCAUGCUCAGUUGAUUUAUACAAGAACCACUAAAAGUGAAGAUCAAGCGUAAUUUAUCCUUCUGUAUUAUCUCGUUUUGUAAUUAUGAACUAAUAAAUCGUUUGAGAUUCCAAUUUUA